GUGAAAUUCAAACCCAAAACACGAAACUUCCUCCCUCCAAAAACGCUGCGGCUUGUUUUCAGUUUGAGAGAGUUUUGGCAGAGAGAGAGAUCUGAGAAUGGAGGGAGCUUCGAAGGGGGCGGGAGGAAGGAGAGGAGGAGAGAGGAAGAAGGCGGUGUCGAAGUCCAUGAAGUCUGGCCUUCAGUUCCCCGUCGGUCGUAUUGCUCGCUAUCUCAAGAAGGGCCGCUAUGCUCAGCGCAUGGGCAUUGGUGCUCCCAUCUAUCUCGCCGCUGUUCUCGAGUACCUCGCUGCUGAGGUGUUGGAAUUGGCGGGGAAUGCAGCGAGGGACAACAAGAAGAACAGGAUCAAUCCGAGGCACUUAUUGUUGGCUGUGAGGAACGAUGAUGAGUUGGGGAAACUGCUACAGGGAGUGACCAUUGCGAGUGGUGGUGUACUUCCAAAUAUACACCCCAUCCUGUUGCCCAAGAAAACUGCUGCCUCUGACUCUGCCAAGGGUCCUCAGCCCAAGUCUCCCAAGAAGGCCUAGACCAAUUCUCUGGUUUUUAGUUUAAACAUAGGAGGAUUCUAAUCUUUCUGAUUAGGGUUCCCCAUUUUAUCUUCCUUUGAGCUUUAGGUUGGGUUGUUAUUUGUAAUUAGUGUCUUUCUAAUUUGCCAUAAUGGUUAAUUGAUGAAUAGAAAGUUUUAUUUAUUUUAUACAUUUGGCAUUUUUGGUUAUUUGAUGUAA